AUGCCCUAUUUAUCCGAUCGUCAAUAUGGUCUUCUUUCUCAUCGACGUUUAUUAGUUAAAUUAAAAAAUUCUUCAUCAAUAACACGACGACUUAAAUUAGGUCGUACAUUAAAUGUUCAUCGAGGCUGUGUAAAUACAAUAUGUUGGAAUGAACAUGGUACAACAAUAUUAUCAGGAUCUGAUGAUCAACAUUUAAUUGUAACAGAUCCAUAUACGACAAAAAUUUUAACAAGUGUACAUAGUGGUCAUAGAGAAAAUAUUUUUUCAGCAAAAUUUCUACCUGAAACAAAUGAUCGUAGAGUUGUUUCAUGUUCAGGUGAUGGAAUUAUAUUUCAUACAAAUUUUGAUCGACCAAGUAAUUCACAUAGUAAUGAUGGAUGUUUUACUUGUCAUGGUGCAGCAACAGCAUAUGAAGUAAGAAUUAUUCCACAUACACCAAAUUUAUUUUUUUCAUGUUCUGAUGAUUGUACAGUACGAUUAUAUGACUUAAGAACAAAAAGUAAUUGUUUAAAAGCUCAUUGUAAUGAUGAUAUUGUCAUAAGAAGUAAAUGGGGUAUUACAUCAAUUGAUAUUAAUCCAAUGAAUCCAAAUGAAAUUGUUUGUGCUUGUUCGGAUUCAUCAGUUCGUCUUUAUGAUCAUCGAAAACUUUCUACACAAUCAUCAUCUGAUACAUCAACACCACGUCGAGGUGAAGCAUCAAUAAAUGGUCUUAUAUCUCGUUUUGUAUUAAUGGAUCGUAAAGAAAAACGUCCACCACGUAUAACAUCUGUUGUAUUUAAUCAACAUGGUACAGAAAUAUUAACAUCAUAUUCAUCUGAAUCUCUCUAUUUACUUAAUCCAAAACAAUCAAUUACACAAGAACAAACUCAAGAACGUCUUGCACAACAUCGUAAUGAAAAACGAACAAGAACAAAUACAAAUGAUAAUAAUAAAUCAACAUCAAAUGAAUCGUCUACAACAGAAGAAAAAAAGACAUCUAAUUUUAAACGAUUACGUCUUCGAGGGGAUUGGAGUGACACAGGUCCUGAUUCUCGUCCAAUGAAUGACCAAGAAUCAGAAUCAUCAUCUACUAAUACUACUUCUAAUAAUAAUAAUAAUAAUAAUAAUAAUAAUAAUAAUAAUAAUAAUAACAAUAAUAAUAAUAAUAAUAAUAAUAAUAACAAUAAUAAUAAUCAUAAUAAUAAUAAUAAUAACAAUAAUAAUAAUAAUAAUAAUAAUAAUAACAAUCAUACUGAACAACAACCAUCAGAUAAUAAUUCAGGUGAACAACAACAACAAUCAACAUCUAGAAGUCGUAAUUUACAAAAUAUUUUUAUGCAACGUAUGAGUGAUAUUUUAACACAAUUAGUUGCUCCUAGUGAAACAGGAAAUGAAGAAAGAGAGCCAACAGUAACUACCAAUAAUAAUGAUAAUAAUAAUAAUGAUAAUAAUAAUAAUGAUAAUAAUAAUAAUUCAACACCGAUUGUUACUGAAGCAAAUACACAAAGUGAAUCUACGUCAACAACAGCAACUGUUCCCAUUGUGCAAUUACCGCCAUCACCUACAUCUAAUGAAAGUUCAGCAAGCACAACAACAAGUAAUAAUGAAUCAGAGAGCAGUCGAGAUCGAGUUGGAUUUUUUGAUGUUUUAUUUGGAAGAAAUCGUCGAACUAAUAAUCCAGAAGAUGACGAUGACGAUGACGAUGACGAUGAUGAUGAUGAUGAUGAUGAUGAAAAUAGUAUGGAUGAUGAAGAUGGACAUGAAGAUGAUGAAAAUUCUCAACCAUCAUCGUCCACAACAACAGAUAAUGCUCCGUCAUCUGGACGUGCUCGUCGUCCAUUAAUGGCUUCAAAAUGGGAUCGUAUAGUGAAACGUCGUGAAGCUGAACGUCGUCAUGAAGAAAAUGUUUUAAAAAAUGUUCCCAGUUUAGGUUUAAUUAAUUCUUAUGAUGGUCAUCGUAAUGCUCGUACAAUGAUUAAAGAAGCUAAUUUUUGGUCUGAUUCAUAUGUUUUGUCUGGCUCAGAUUGCGGACAUAUAUUUAUUUGGAAUAAAUUUACAAGUAAUCUUGUACGAAUAAUACCAGCUGAUGAACAUGUUGUCAAUUGUGUACAACCCCAUCCACUUGAUUAUCCGAUAUUAGCAUCAAGUGGAAUUGAUUAUAAUAUAAAAUUAUUUUCACCAUUGGCUGAAACACCAAUUGAUGAUAGUGAACUUAUCACACGUACAAUAAAACGUAAUCAUGCAAUGAUGGAAGAAACAUCGAGUACAAUAACUGUACCAGCUACUUUUAUGUUUCGCAUGUUAACAUCAUUUUAUCGAUUACGACGUCCUGAAGGACUAUUUGGAUUAGACGACGAAGACGAAUCAACCGAGUGA